AGCAAUGGAAGCGGAAAAGGCCCGCUUCCACCCAUCGCAAUCAUUGGAAUGAGUUGCAAGUUUGGUGGAGAUGCUACUGAUAUAUCCAAAUUCUGGGAUAUGUGUCUCGAGGGGAGAGACGGUUGGUCUCCUAUCCCAGAAGAAAGGUUCACCGCAGAGAAUUUUUACCAUCCAGACGGGCAGAAGACUGGAACUACUAUGGACCCUCAGCUACGCCUGUUGCUGGAAUCCGUGUAUGAAGCCAUCGAGAAUGCCGGUUUGCCUUUAGAGAAGUUGGUUGGGUCAAACACGUCCGUCUUCUCUGGAGUCUUCGCGAGAGACUACUUUGACACGAUUAUCUCGGAUUCUGACUUACUGCCUGCAUCCUUCAUCACUGGCAGUGGCUCAGCCAUGCUUUCCAAUCGCAUCUCACACGCCUUCGACCUACAAGGUGCCAGCAUGACCAUCGAUACUGGCUGCUCGACGAGCAUGAAUGCUUUACACCAAGCAGUGCGUAGUCUUCAGCUGAAUGAGUCUGAGAUGUCUAUCGUGGGCUCUGCAAGCGUCAUGCUGAAUCCUGACAUGUUCAUCGAGAUGUCAUCCGCAGGUGUGCUAGGCGCUGAUGGCCGUUGCUUCUCAUGGGACGACAGAGCCACAGGCUACGGUCGUGGUGAGGGGGUUGGUGCCUUGAUAAUCAAAAGACUUGACGAUGCGCUCCGUGAUGGAGACAACGUUCAUGCUGUAAUUCUUGAGUCAGGAUUGAAUCAGGAUGGAAAAACAACCACCAUCUCUUCUCCGUCCAUGCAGGCACAACAAAAGCUCAUUGAAGAAUGCUAUAGACGUGCUGGACUCAAUAUCGCAGAUACAGGCUAUGUUGAGGCUCACAUGACGGGUACGCCCACGGGUGACCCUAUCGAAGCGGAGGCUCUCGCCGCGACUUUUGGAAAACAUAGGAAGGCCAACGACCCAGUCAUCGUGGGAUCUUGCAAGCCCAACAUAGGACAUACCGAGCCCGUCAGUGGGUUAGCUGCGAUCAUCAAGACUGUCCGUGUCCUCCAGACAAGCAUCAUACCUCCAAACAUCAACUACAAGAGGACUAAUCCAAAGAUUCCGCUCUCGGACUGGAAACUGCAAGUCCCCACUGCUCCGAUGAAAUGGCCUGCGGAUAAGCCGUUACGAGCCUCGGUGAACAACUUUGGCUACGGCGGAAGCAACGGCCAUAUCAUCAUGGAGGCGGCACCCGAUAAGCCACCAGUAAGCAGUGAUGUCGGUCUUGACGAUCAUGCCAGUCGGAUAUAUAUCUUGAGUUCAAAAGAUUCUGCCCUCACUCAGACGAUGGUCGAACGCCUAGUCGAAUACAUCGGACACCACACACCUUCACUCAUGGACAUGGCCUUCACAUUAGCUGAACGGCGUUCUCGAUUUCCUUGGGCAGUUGCCGUCACAGCAAAGCGCCUGGACGACCUGGCCAAAAAGCUGGCGGCGCCAGAAUGCAAGCCAGUGCGCGGAAUGAGAACCGUCCCCCGGCUAGGCUUUGUUUUCAAUGGCCAAGGCGCUCAAUGGCAUGCUAUGGGAAGUGAGCUCAUCGAGGUCUAUCCUGUCUUUGGCUCAGCCAUUGAGCGAGCCGAUGACAUACUAAAAGGUUACGGGGCUAGGUGGUCUCUACAAGACGCCAAAUCAACCAGGGUGCAUGAUGUCGAAUUGAGCCAACCUGUCACCGUUGCUGUUCAACUUGGCCUGGUGGAUCUGUUGGAGUCAUGGGGAGUCACUCCAUCGGCAGUUACCAGUCAUUCCAGCGGAGAAAUCGCUGCCGCAUACGCAGUCAAAGCGCUAACCUUCCAGGAAGCGCUUGGUGUGGCAUACCACCGCGGAGACUUGGCCCAUAAACAGCAACAGCUGUCUGGAGAAGCAGUCACCGGAGGGAUGCUCGCUGCUGGCUUGAGUGCCGAGAAAGCCAGCGAAUACGUCAGAGAUACCUCCAAAGGUCGUGUAGUGGUUGCCUGUAUCAACAGUCCAGAUAGUGUCACCCUCUCUGGAGACCUACCUGCUAUCGAUGACGUGGCAAGCCGUAUGGACCAGGACGGCGUAUUUGUCCGGAAGCUCAAAGUCCCUUUGGCAUAUCAUUCCCAUCACAUGAUGGGGAUGGCUAAUGAAUACACUGAGAAGAUUAGAGCAAUCCUUCCUGCUGAGCGGACUUGGACCGGUGCCAUCUACGCCUCUCCUGUCACCGGCGAUAUCGUCGCGUCUCCAAAAGCCCUGGGUGCCGAACACUGGGCUCGUAACCUGACUAGCCCUGUUCUGUUCUCACAAGCACUAGAACAUAUGUGCUUCCAUUCUUCCUCUUCCAACGGCUCUACGGUCUCAAGUAACAAGAGCGGUAACGUUGACAUCAUCUUGGAGAUAGGAGCACACAGCACGCUCGCCGGUCCCAUACGGCAGACUUUGAAGGAGCGUAACCUGCCAUAUGCAUCCUGUCUGAAGAGAUCGGUCGACGCAGUCGAAACUAUGCAAGAUGCUGCUUGUGAACUGCUUGUCCGUGGAUAUCCAGUGUCCCUCCACGCAGUCAACCAACCAAAGUCUGAUACGAGGCCUACCUACGUGCAUGAUCUGCCUCCAUACCCUUGGAACCAUACUGUACGAUACUGGAAUGAACCAAGAACUUACCGAGAUCAUCGACUCAGGCAGUUCCCGCGCCACGAGCUUCUGGGUGCUCCUAUUGCAGGCUCAAGCUCACAAGCUCCUACUUGGAGAAAUUUCCUACGACUCUCCGAUAUAUCCUGGCUAUCAGAUCACCAGCUUGAGUCGACACCCGUCCUUCCUGGGGCCGGCUACAUCGCUAUGGCUAUAGAAGCUGUUCGUCUUCUCACAGGUCCAACCGAGAAAUCCAUCGUUGGUUAUCGUCUACGUGAUAUUAACAUUAUGAAUGCUUUGACGAUACCGGAUACCCCUGGAGGGGUUGAGACUCAUUUUUGCCUUCGACCUUGUAGCGACAAGGAGCUUGACCACAAGGGAUGGUACGAAUUUGACAUCAAUUCCGCGCGAGCGGACGAGCCUUGGAUCCAACACUGCAAAGGUUAUGUGACCGUCGAGUCGCUUGUUGCAACACCGGUGGCCGACUCUGAGCCACAAAUACACUCCUUCUUUGAUCCUGCGGUUGAGACGGAAGACGUGGAUCCCGAGUCUAUCUUCGCAGCGAUGCGUAAGAUGAACAUUUAUCACGGUCCGGCCUACCAGAAUAUGACCUCUUGCACUGUGGCCGCGAACAGGGCGGUCACGGAUUUCAAGAUCUCGCCAGAUGUGGAUGCUAGUGAUCAAGACUACGUACUCCAUCCGACAACCCUUGAUACAGUGUUCCAGUCUUUCUACGUUGCUAUAUCAGAAGAGACAAAGGACGGUGCUAUGGUUGUGCCGCGCUCUAUCGACAACAUGUUUGUUCCCCAGACCAUCAACAGUCGUAGCGGCGAUGGUCUCCGGGCUUUCACGACAGUCUCUCGUUCGGAUAGACGAGGCGCGACGUCGCAAGCGGUUGUCAUCAACGACAAAGCAAACAAGCGCUCAAACCCAUUCAAGAUCGACGGCUUCUAUUUCCAGGCCAUCCCCAGAUUGGAAGAUGACGACAGGGACGUUCAAGAUACUCGUCUGUGUGCCAAAGUCAAAUGGGAACCGGAUGUGCUUCACAACAUACCCAAAGCCUCCAAGGAUGCAUGGAGCAUCCAUUUAAACGACAUCGAACUCAGCUUCAUGAAAAGACUGCGACGAAUCUCGUACCAGUUCAUCUUCGAAACCAUCACUCAGCUUCGAGACGUAGACUUGGAAGGUGCAAAAAGCUACCAUAAGACCUUCUAUGCCUGGAUGAGGAAUGUCGUUGAUCUAGGCACGACGGGCAAACUUGCUGCAGGCAGUCACAACUGGACCAAAAUGAGCAAGGGCAUGAAACAAAAACUCAUCGAUGACCUCUCCACCGAAAACGCAGGCGGAGAACUCACCUGCCGCGUUGGCGAGAAUCUAGCAAGAAUCCUUCGAGGUGACAUUGCGCCACUUGAACUAAUGAUGGAGGACGGUCUCUUGAACCGCUACUAUCAAGAGAUUCCGAUGCUCAAAGAUAGAUCUUACAAGCAGCUUGCCAAACUCGUGGAGCUCUACGGACCAAAACACCCUAGCGCUAAAGUGCUCGAGAUCGGAGCUGGCACUGGCGGUGCCACCAAGAUUGUUCUCGAAAGUCUUGAUGCCAAUGCAACGGAUGGUUCUGGUUCCCUGCUAGGUCACUACGACUUCACAGAUGUGUCUUCUGGCUUCUUUGAGGCUGCGCGCCAAAAAUUCGACGCUUGGGGCGCGCGGGUGGACUUCNAAAAACUCGACAUCGAGAUCGACCCUACUGAGCAGUCUUUCCCUGAAGGAGGCUACGAUCUCAUAGUUGCCUCCAUCGUGCUGCAUGCAACCAAGUCGCUGCAGCAAACAAUGACCAACGUCCGCAAGUUGCUCAAGCCAGGUGGUAAGCUGUUUCUGCUAGAGAACACAAAAGACCGCCUUGAUCUGCACGUAAUUUUCGGUACACUUCCGGGGUGGUGGCUGAGUGAAGAGCCAGAGCGCCAGUGGGGUCCGAAUGUAUCAGUCUCCUUGUGGGAUGCAGUUUUGAAGACCACCGGCUUCACUGGCGUCGACUUCGACAUCUCGGACUGCGAGGAUGAGGAGUUUCAAUCUCAAAGCGUCAUGGUGACUACCGCUUUACACUCUAACCCCUCGAUACCCAUAUCGAUCGUCUAUUCUCAGGUUUCCCCUCCGCAAAGAUGGCUGGACGAACUGACACGUGCCAUUCGAGCCAAGCUUAACGUCGUUCCCCUUGUUGAGUGUUUAGAAGAUAUGCAAGUUGAAGACGAUCGUGUUUACAUCUGCUUGAUGGAGAUGGCCAGUCCCUUCAUACACAAGAUGGAUGUUGAUACAUUCGAAAAACUGCGCAGUCUUGCUGUCACUGGUCAAGGAAUGCUUUGGCUCAGCUGCAGCAGCACCAUCAACGCAAGAGAGCCAUUGUAUGCUCAGAUCAAUGGCCUGCUGCGCGUCCUGAAGCAAGAAGACACGACCAAACGGUACAUAUCCCUUGAUUUCGACACAACCUCGGACGUGUGGGUUUCUGAACAGAUGCCUUACAUCAUCCAUACCCUACAGCAAAGCUUCGACUACAAUCUUGAUAGCGCAGAAGUUGACUGCGAGUAUGCUGUCAGCAACGAUUUGCUACAUGUUCCGCGAUUUUAUCCAGAUGCUGCUCUGGAUAAAGUCUGUAGCGGUGCAACUGGUGCUACAGACAAGGUAGUUGAGCCAUUCUUGCAGCCUGGUCGACAUCUCAUCUGGGAAACGCAGAAGAGCGGGUUGUUGAGUGAUCUAUACUUCGUGGAGCGCACUGAUCUAGGCGGUGACAUUCCCACCGGCAUGAUCGAGAUCGAAGCCAAGGCUUUCGGUCUCAACUUCCGCGACGUUAUGGUCGCUUUGGGUCAGCUUGACGAGACACUCAUCGGACACGACUGCAGUGGAAUAGUCACAGGUCUCGGUCCGGAUACUGAACAAAGUGGACUCAGGGUCGGCGACCGAGUCUGUGGAAUAGCUAAGGGCCGAUUUGCUAAUGUAAGUCGAGCUCCAUGGACCAAUUUCGCCAGGAUACCGGAUCACAUGUCAUGGGAGGAUGCAGCAUCACUUCCCAUCGUCUACACUACGGCAUACAUCACCUUGUUCGACAUUGCUCGACUUGGUAAAACUGACAAGGUCUUGAUUCACGCUGCGACUGGCGGUGUGGGUCAAGCAGCUAUCAUGCUCGCACAACAUGUCGGAGCUGAAGUUUUCACAACAUGUGGUACGGAAGAGAAGCGCAACCUCUUGAACAAAGUAUACAACAUACCCUCGGACCAUAUUUUCUCAAGCCGCAAUAGCUCCUUCGCAUCCCAGAUCAUGACCCAGACCGGGGAAAAAGGAGUUGACGUUAUCUUGAACUCCCUGUCUGGGCCAUUGCUCAAAGCUUCAUGGGAGUGCAUUGCCCAGUUUGGCCGCUUCUUGGAGAUCGGGAAGGUCGACUUGGAGGCAAGAAGACAUUUGGACCUUUCACCUUUUGCACGCUCUGCCUCGAUGACCGGCCUAGAUGUCUUGCAGUAUUCCGAAUACAGAGGUAACGUGUUCCAUAAUGCGCUUACUGAGAUAGUCCGCUUGUGGGACGAGAAAUUCAUCAAGACCGCCUCUCCAGUGACGGUCUAUCCCAUCUCAGAUAUGGAGAAAGCCAUGCGUCAGAUGCAAGCAGGCACACAUGUUGGAAAGCUUGUCCUCGUUCCCAGUCUAGACGACCAGGUCCAGGUCAUGUCUCGCCCAGGUCCGUUGUUUUUGGAUGACUCAAAUUGUACUUACUUGGUAGCUGGAGGUCUUGGAGGCGUCGGACAGGUCAUCACCAAGUGGCUGAUGGAGAAAGGUGCCAGGAACAUCUUGGUCACGUCUCGAAGAGCUUCAUCACAUCCCGAUGCCACAUCUUUGUUCGAACACGCUCGGACAUAUGGCUGCAAUCUCUAUAUUCGCAGCUGCGACGUCUCUGACGAGCAGAGUCUAACCAGUUUGUUGGCCGAAUUCGUCGAGGAUUCGCUUCCCNCCAUCCGUGGUGUUAUACAAGGAGCCAUGCACCUAGACGACACCGUCAUGGAACGCAUGACAUUCGAACAAUGGCAGCAUGCCAUCCUCCCAAAAGUAGCCGGCACAAUGAAUCUGCACAGGCACUUGCCCGAUGUCGACUUUNUUAUCAUGCUCUCCUCAAUUGCUGGUGUGGUGGGAAAUGUUUCACAAGGAAACUAUGCUGCCGGUAACACGUUCCAAGAUGCAUUGGCUCGCCAUCGUACUGCCAACGGCCAAGCAGCAUUGGCAAUCGACCUUGGUCCUGUAGAAUCGGCUGGAUAUGUAGCCGAAGCAGACGAAGGACUUCGCAACCGCAUCGAAAAGUCGUUCGGAUCCAGUGUGGUCACCAUCGACCAACUGCUUCGCCUAAUCGAGUCAGGUAUCCGACACCCACGACGCUCAAGUUUUGAAGAGAGUCAAGUUGUUACUUGUCUUUCCGACUUUGAAAGUAUAGCUGAAGACUCGCCAGUGAAGAGAGACAAACGCUUCAGGACGCUACAAGCUGGUGUGGUUGGUCCCGUCACCAAGUCCGUGAGUUUGGGAACUGGUGGUCGUCUGGAUGAUCUGGUCCGGGCCUUGCCAAAGUCGUCAGGCUCGGAAGCUACGGGGUUGGUAGCAGCCGCCUUGGAGACCAAAGUCGCUGCUCUCUUCAACGUCCCCACUACGGAGAUUGACACGGCAUUAUCGCUCUCUUACUAUGGUGUGGACUCGCUUGUUGCGGUGGAACUGCGCAACUGGCUGAAUAGUGCCAUCAAAGCCAAAGUCACGAUCUUUGAGAUCCUUCAGGGUUCGUCAAUUGUGGAGUUUGCAGACUUGGUUGCGAGUAGGAGUGCUCUGGUGUUGAAGUUGUAA